CUAAUUUCUCACCCAAAUUAAGAGACUACGCGUUUCCAAAUCUUCUGUUCCAAAUUCUCUGUAAUUUUGAACCUCAAAACUCCUUCAUGGCUGCUCUUUCUGUGGGUCCCUUUCCCACUACCCACCUAAUGAUUUUUCUUGCUUGUUAUUUGUCUAUAUAUUGGUUAGUUCUUCUGCCCCUAAGUCCUCAUCAUUUGGGUUUAUUCAUCACUUAGUUUAAGCAUUUGGUUGUUGUGCCAUAUUAUUUUCUGGCUUCUGAUGGCGUCAUCUAUUGGAUCUUCACCAUUUGUCUUGGAAACUACAACUAGUAGUGCUCAAGUUUUUGUGGUGCCUGAGAGUAGAAGAAACCGUUGUCUAAGAUUGGGGUGGGAUUGGCACAAAAGGGGUUUGUUAAGUAAGAAUAUAAGAGCAGAAGCUAAUGGGAGUAAUGGGACAAAUGGGGAUGAAGAUGGGUCAGAGGGCGUGCUUCAGGCCACUACUGAAAAGAGCAAGAAGGUUCUUGCUUGGCAAAGCAAUUUACUUCAACAGAUUGCUGAGAGAAAGAAACCUAUUUCUUAUGAACUCAGUGACAAAUUUCCCCCAAAUAAUUCAAGCCCACAUAAUGCUUCUACCAGUGGACACAAUGCAGUUGAAAACCAAAAUGGUGGCAUUGUUUGGAGGAAGUAUGUCAAUUCUUCCACAUAUAGUGACACCAUCAUUGAAUCAGAAGGGAACAGUAUUUCUCAUGAAGGAAGCAAUGAAUCAAAUCAACAGAAUGGUUCCAUCAGCAGAGUUAAUGCUGUUGAAACCCAAAAAAGUGGCACUUUUGUAAGAAAUUAUGUCCAUUCUAAUAAAGGGUCUCUGGAAGUAACAUCUGUAGGCAUUAAUGGAGGAUUUGAUGAAGUUAAGGAGGAAAAUGUUAAAAUUCCCACCCCCAAAAUGUCUUCCUCUGAACUAUAUUUUACUGAACAAUUUAAAGGCAAGAAAUAUCAGGCAAUUAAGCCUGAUAGUGAUACUCUGCAAGCUUUCCUUGCAAAUGGCACUGAAACUUCUAGUAUAAAGGUUGAAAAUCAGGAGGGUAUGAGCGAGACAAGAUCAAAGCUGAUAACCGAAGAAUCUAGUACUGUUGAUGGAGAAGGUGAAAUAUCCGCACCUUUGGCUGGGACCAAUGUCAUGAAUGUUAUAUUGGUUGCAGCAGAAUGUGCUCCCUGGUCAAAAACAGGUGGGCUUGGAGAUGUUGCUGGUUCAUUACCAAAGGCUUUGGCUAGGCGUGGACAUAGAGUCAUGGUUGUGGCACCUCGGUAUGGUAAUUAUGCUGAACCACAAGAUACGGGAGUUCGAAAAACAUACAGAGUAGAUGGUCAUGAUAUGGAAGUACAAUAUUUUCAGGCCUACAUUGAUGGUGUAGACUUUGUUUUUAUUGAAAGUCCAAUUUUUCAUCAUCUGGAUAAUAACAUAUAUGGAGGAAGCCGAUUGGAUAUUCUAAAGCGCAUGGUGCUGUUCUGCAAGGCAGCUGUUGAGGUUCCUUGGCAUGUUCCCUGUGGCGGUGUUUGCUAUGGAGAUGGAAAUUUGGUCUUCAUAGCAAAUGAUUGGCAUACUGCAUUGCUGCCAGUGUAUCUGAAGGCAUACUAUCGUGACCAGGGUUUGAUGAAGUAUACAAGAUCAGUUCUUGUGAUCCAUAACAUAGCUCACCAGGGUCGGGGGCCAGUUGAUGAUUUCUUCUUUGUGGAUUUACCUGAAUACUAUAUGGACAUUUUCAAAUUAUAUGACCCUGUUGGAGGUGAACACUUCAACAUCUUUGCAGCUGGUUUGAAGGCGGCAGAUCGCGUUGUCACGGUUAGUCAUGGAUAUGCCUGGGAGCUUAAAACUUCAGAAGGUGGUUGGGGUUUGAAUGGGAUCAUAAAUGACAAUGGAUGGAAACUGAGGGGGAUUGUGAAUGGAAUUGAUAACAAAGAAUGGAAUCCAAUGCAUGAUGUUCACUUGAAAUCAGAUGGCUACACUAACUACUCACUUGAGACAUUGCCUGUUGGCAAGGCUCAAUGUAAAGCAGCAUUGCAAAAGGAGCUUGGUUUGCCUGUAAAUGAGGAUGUCCCAGUGAUUGGUUUCAUUGGAAGGUUGGAUAAUCAGAAAGGUGUUGAUAUCAUAGGUGAAGCAAUUCCUUGGAUGAUGGGUCAGGAUGUGCAACUAGUCAUGUUGGGAACUGGAAGGCCUGAUCUUGAACACAUGCUCAGGCAAUUUGAAAACCAACACAAUGACAAGAUCAGAGGAUGGGUUGGAUUUUCUGUGAAGAUGGCUCACAGGAUCACUGCAGGUGUAGACAUAUUGCUCAUGCCAUCAAGAUUUGAGCCAUGUGGGUUGAACCAACUCUAUGCCAUGAGUUAUGGAACAGUUCCUGUUGUACAUGCUGUUGGUGGAUUGAGAGAUACUGUGCAGCCUUUUGAUCCUUUCAAUGAGUCAGGACUUGGGUGGACUUUUGAUAGUGCAGAUUCUGGUAAGUUAAUACAUGCAUUAGGGAAUUGUUUAUUGACCUAUAGGGAGCAUAAGAAGAGCUGGGAAGGGAUUCAAAGGAGAGGAAUGAUGCAAGAUCUUAGCUGGGACAAUGCUGCUCAGCUAUAUGAGGAGGUGCUUGUUGCUGCCAAAUACCAAUGGUGAAUUUUUUGUAUCUGUUCCAUGAUUCCAUCUGUGCAAACUGUACAAUAAAGAACACCUUCAUGUUGAAUAGUUAGAGCAUCCUAAUUGUUGUAUUAGGAGAGGAACUGCUAAGGAUAUAAAAGUUAUUCAUAGUUUCCAGUGAGAGCCUUCAGUGGGAAGUGGGAAGGCAGAAAUGUUGUGCUAUAAAAGUUAUGUAACAGUAAUUCAGUUUACUCUUUAUACCCUGUAACAGCUCAAUUGAUGCAUAGUUGAAUUGACUUUCCAGAUAAGGUUUUAACAUACUUUCACAUUA